CCACAUCUAGUGGGCAAAUAGCUAAACUGGCAGCACUGGUUGUUUUAUUAAUUAAAAACAAUUCAUAAAAAAGUACGCCCACGCCCAAGAACACAAAGUUAAAACAGUUUUAACUGUUCUUGAAUACCUUUAAGACCCACUAAGGCGCAAGUGAAACAUGGUGGUGCUGAGCUCCUGCUGGUCCCCGAUUAUCUGGUCCGACAAUGUCCGAACGGGCAGCUACGCCGUGGCCGGCUACACGGCUGCGCUCUCCGUGGUGAUGAUCACACUUAUCGGCUACAUGCUGGCAGGCGGGGAGUCUGCGCAGCUCUACUCGCCGCUGUUCGAGACGGAUAUCCGGACGUCGAUGCCCAUUGCCGGUGGCUUCUUCAUUAUCUACUUUCUGCUGAUCAUCCUGUCCUCCUACCUGGUGUAUUAUGGCAUCAAGAUUAGCACUCGCGGAUGGCUGCUGCCCUGGUUGGGUCUAAUCGGCCUGGCCAUUCUCUUCCAGUUUUGCUGGAGUCUGUGGCUUAUUGGAGGCUAUUACAUUUAUCUGGAGCAAACCUUCUCGGCUCUCCUGAACUUCGUCUGGGUGGCCUACAAUAUCUACUGCUGGCUGGUGGUCUUUUCGCAGUACCAGAUCUUCUUGAACAUCCAGAAUCCAAACAUUGAACUGCUGAUGCCAUGAGGAGGAGAGCCAUACCAACAAUCAUUAUAGCUCGAAUAUACUUUUAGACUACGUUUGACACGCUACAAAGGAAGUCCGUCCAGGAGCAUUUCCACAAUAAGAAUUCCACAUCCAUUUUCUACAGAUGCUUACCAAAUAGUUUUAUAUACAUUUAUAUAUAUUUUACAAGCCUUUAUACACCAUCAACUACUGUAAUAUGUAUUGAAUCGAAUGCCUUAGUCUUCUAAACGACAAUUAAAACUGUAGAUUCGUAAAACUA